AUGAAGAACAGCUUCGGUUUCUUUCUUCUUCUGUUUGGAGCUUUCUAUCAUGAUUGCCGAUGUCGACCAUUACAGAGUUGUGCCAUUAAAGAGGUAUCCGAGAACACUAGCAUCAAUGUGCACGUGUCUUGUAAGGAAGAAACAAUUCCAGAUAAAAUAUGUCACAAAGACAUCAUUUCCGGGCUGUGUGUCGCACCACCGGACUGUGCUUUGCGGAAUGUCCAAGUGAAGCGUCUCGGCAACAGUUUACGAGAAGUCUCUUGGACUGUUACCCACAACAGCACAGAGACGGGUGGAUAUUUGGUGGAGUACCCCGCGGACAUUGCUUGGUCGGACACGGUUUGCAAGAGUGUUAUCGUCAACUCAAACACUAAUUUUCAUGGGACGUUUUCGACGUCGUUCAGGAUAUCCAAUAACCUUACCCCCACAGUAAAGCCGUUGUGGAAAAUGCUGAAUAAAAAGGACAAUUUGCGUGGAACCAAUAUUCAGAACCCAAAUGCAACUUUUUUGAAAAUAUCGUUCGAGGUCUGGACAUCCACGAGUCAUAAAUACAAUAUAGAGCUCUGGGGCAGUAAUAACAAGUUCUUUCAAAGCAAAACAGUUGGGAAGAUAAGAAUUCUUGAUGAAAGUUGUAAUUGUGACUGCUUUAAUUCCAAACAUUGCAGCCGAUACCCGGAUUGGACGACAAGUAUCUUCCUGCACCCUUCAUCACCAGCUGAACAAGAACCAAAGAAGGACCAUUACUUACUUGUGAUUUUGGUUUUGGUUGUUAUUUUCACGCUAAUUUUGGCCAUUUUAGGGAUUGCAUUGCUGGUUGCUUGUCAGAAAACUAUGUCAGAGAAACAGUGGAACAAGAACUAUGAUUCAAACUACAAAAACGUCCUUUUGUAUGCUGCAAAAGAAAAUAAAUAUCACGUAAAUGCAGUGAUCAAUUUACAAAAUUAUAUCUCAAAUGUUUUUAAACGUCAUGUAAACUAUACAUUUAUAAAUCGUCAAGAUAUGAAUUGUCAACAGAAGUUUUCCUUCCCAGGGGGGACUUUGAAUGUUAUAAUUUUAUCUAAAUCACUCACGUGGUGUCUUCAAUACAUUAAAAACUUGCCGCUCAAGCAACGUAGGAAACUUAUUUUCGUGACAAUGGCGGUGGAUUGCGACAAAAAUUUUACUUACCCAGCCAAUAUUACCAUUUUUCAUCUCCACAAAGACAUUGGAACGUUUCACAGUUUUCUUUCCAAUCUCUUCCUGCAAAAUCAAACCAAGCAAGAUUUUACGAUUGCUGAAAACAGACGACGUUUAAAGGCUGCUUUGACGGACCUAAACAAAUUUCUUCGAAACAAUAGUCACACUUCUGGGACGUUCCAGACAAAAGCAUUGUUGACAAAGAGACCAGACAGCUCAUUUGACAGCAUCUCAAAGAUCUUGACAAUAUACAGGAAAAGGAAGACCUUCUGCAACAAGAGAAUGUUUGGUUUCCAAAUGACUUCAAACGGAUCAGAACACAUCGUCUUACCGGGCGAAUUUACGUUCACAGACGACGUCGACACGGCAUCCACACAGGAAGAACUACGUUCUUGUUUGGACUUGAAGGAAGACAGAAGUGAAGAGAAAAAGCACAAAAUAGAUUUAAAGGAGGGAAUGGCUCCGAUGUAUCUGACUAACACUAUGGACGAACACAGAUCUCCUCUUCUUUCUGGCUGGGAACAGAGAUCCGGGGAUAUUGAGGCCAUCAGUCUUGGUGGUAAAAGUGUUUAG